GAAGACAGAGACAAAAUGCUCGCACAGUGACGGAGCUGCCGGAAGAGCCACAAUCUGACAGCAAAACAAACUAACCCCCUUUUAUGAGGUGAGGCAUGUGUCUUUAGGUAAUAAACACUUAAGUCAUUAGAUGGUUUUUAUGGAGAUAGCUAUAAACUGAAACAUGGGGAAAAAAUCUUGCUCACAGGCUGACGCCCAGGGAGGGGGUAUAUAAGAGCCUGAGCAGAAGAGACCAGCAUCGAGACACCAAGAGACUUCUCUUCUCAACCCAACAGAAACCCAAGUGUCAACGCCAUGGCUUGCUGUGCCCCCUGCUGCUGCAGCGUCCCCACCGGCCCCGCCACCACCAUCUGCUCCUCUGACAAAUGCUGCCGCUGCGGCGUCUGCCUGCCCAGCACCUGCCCACACGACAUCAGCCUCCUGCAGCCCACCUGCUGUGACACCUGCCCCCCGCCCUGCUGCAUGCCUGACACCUACGUGCCCACCUGCUGGCUGCUCAACUCCUGCCACCCCACUCCCGGGCUGUGCGGGAUCAACCUGACCACCUACGUGCAGCCUGGCUGCGAGAGCCCCUGCGAGCCCUGCUAA